UCCGUUUAUAGAUGGACAAUCCAACGGCCCAGAUCGUUGAACCUUUUCUUGCUUAGGGUUGCGGCCGGUUUUCCCCACGCAGUUAUACAGACAAAUUCCCUUUUAGACGGUUACAUGCAGAAAGUCCGCAUAUAGGUAUAUUGAGCUGGCGAGAUUGCUAGGCUGAGGUCUUUUGAGUGUUCGAAAUUGAUCGAUUGUUAAUCGAACCGAUUAGGAAUCGGAACUCCUAUGGCGGAGAAGAUAGUGGAGGAGAAGAAGAAGCCGGAGUUUCAGUUGUAUAAUAGUAUGUCGAAGCAAAAGGAGGUUUUCCGGCCGAAAGAAGAAGGCAAAGUAGGAAUGUAUGUUUGUGGCGUGACCGCGUACGACUACAGCCACAUUGGCCACGCACGCGCCUACGUGGCGUUUGAUGUCCUCUACAGGUACCUAAAGUAUUUGGGAUACGAGGUUGUUUAUGUUCGGAACUUCACUGAUGUUGAUGACAAGAUCAUUAAGAGAGCUAAUGAGAAUGGAGAAGACCCAAUAUCUUUGAGUGGUCGGUUUUGUGAAGAGUAUCUAAAAGACAUGGAUGAUCUCCAAUGCCUUCCUCCUACCCAUCAACCUCGUGUGUCUGAUCACAUAGACGAAAUAAAGAGAAUGAUUUCUCAGAUCAUUAGCAAUGGGUGUGCUUAUGCAGUUGAUGGUGAUGUAUAUUUCUCUAUUGACAAAUUCCCUGACUACGGGCGGCUAUCAGGACAAAAUUUAGAUGGUAAUAGAGCUGGGGAACGGGUUGCUGUUGAUUCAAGAAAGCGUAACCCAGCUGACUUUGCCUUGUGGAAGGCCGCAAAACCUGGGGAGCCAAGUUGGGACAGCCCAUGGGGUCCUGGAAGACCUGGAUGGCAUAUUGAAUGCAGUGCCAUGAGUGCUCAUUAUCUGACACACACUUUUGAUAUUCAUGGUGGUGGGAUGGAUUUGAUUUUCCCUCAUCAUGAAAAUGAAAUUGCGCAAAGUUGUGCUGCUUGCUCAGAGAGCAAUGUCACUUACUGGCUGCAUAAUGGGUUUGUUACUGUAGAUGAUGAGAAAAUGUCGAAAUCGCUUGGGAACUUCUUCACCAUUCGAGAGGUCACGAAGCUGUACCAUCCACUUGCACUGCGACAUUUCUUAUUGGGAAUGCACUACCGUUCUCCUGUUAAUUACUCAAUAUUGCAGAUAGAAAUUGCAUCAGAUGCUGUUUACUACAUAUUUCAGACUCUAAAGGAUGCUGAAGACGCUCUCACUGAAUUUCGUGGAAAAGAUGAAAUUGAUGACGCAAAAGCUUCCAUCAGCACAAAAGCCAAAAAUUGCAUCAAGAAUCUUCAUGACGAAAUUUUGACAAGAAUGUCAGAUGAUUUGCACACGUCUACCAUUUUGAGUGCUGCUCUAAUAGAAGCCUUGAGAUUCAUUAAUGCUUCUGUAGAGACACUUAGGAAAAAGCCACAGAAAAAGAAGCAACGGCAACAGCAACAGGAGCAGCAAACAACUGUACUCUCUCUGAUUGAAUUAGAGAGAGAAGUGAAGGAAGUUUUGGAUCUCCUGGGAUUGCUUCCGAGGUUGACAUAUUCUGAGGUAUUAUCACAAUUGAAGGAGAAAGCAUUGACGAGAGCUAAGCUGACAGAAGAUGAUAUUUUGCACUCAAUUGAAGAAAGAGCUCAAGCAAGGAAAAAUAAAGAUUAUACUUUGAGUGAUCAGAUUAGGAGUGAUUUGGCAGUUAAGGGUAUAGCUUUAAUGGAUCUUGGGAAAGAAACCGUUUGGAGGCCUUGCGUGCCAGUACAACAAGCAAAUGUUGUUGAUCCAGCCCAAUGACCAAGAAGAAAAUCCUGUUGUUCCAAUUGAAUAGCAAAAAAUAGAUUUUUUUUACAAAUUUUAUACUAGUAUUCGACAUUUUUCUUCAACAUAUCUCAAGAAAGCUGUGUAAAGCUGCUUACUUUUGGUUAUUGUGAUGGAGAGUAGAACUAAGUCCUUUAGAAGAUAUGGGUACAUCUGUAUCAGCCCAACCCCACAUUGCUGUACUAAUAUCUAUACUCGAAUCCUUUUUGACCU